UCAUGCGCGCUCUGGAAACGACGUUGGUAUCCUCUUAUCCCCCAUCCACACAAACAAACAGUGGCGAAUUUGUCCAUCGGCGGAAUUAUUUUUCACGCAGGCUGCAGGAGAUGCCACCCUACGUCCUCAUCACAGCACUUUUUACCCUUCCUGUUGUCGCAGGUUGGGAUUUACUUGGUGAAAGGGAGAAAGUCCAGAUGGUGUGUGUUGGGCAGGAAUUUCGUUUACCGGUGGACUCGACUUCUAGAAUUGUGACUUUUACACCGGACUCUGGGGGACCAAAACAAGUUCUGCUGGAGAGAACUGCUGUGAAGGACUCGCGUUUCGAAUGGACCAGAGAUAAGACGUUAGUCCUGAAAGAAGUGUCUCACAGCGAUCAGGGACUUUAUGCCAACAAACUAUCUGUCGGAUUCACUUACGAGACAGUUCACCUGAUUGUUUCAGAAUGCAUUAAGCCCUACCGGAAAAACUAUGGGGAGAACUUCGAGCACAGCAUCCCUGAAAAUGCUUCUGUGCUGGAGUUUUCUCCACGCGGGGCUCCGCUGGAGGCCAUGCCAGUCGUGUUGUGGAACCGGACAAACCCUGAAACAAGUGAUGCAGGCCGCGGACGGCUGCAGCGAGGGGGGAAGGUCUGGGUGGCAGAGAGGGUCACACAAGCAGACCAAGGCAACUACACUGUGAGAGACGACAAUGGGAAGGUGCUGUCUCGCAGCACCCUCUCUGUUCGUGGACAUUCCUUCAAUGUUACACGCUUCACCAAGGAGUCACUGACCCUCCCCUUAUUUCUCCCUGUCCAUCAUGCCCAUCUCAUUUUCACCCCUGCAAGAUUUCCUGAUGAAUCCUCUCUGGGCCCUUUCGACCCCAAACCCCCUCGUGGCCCGGUCCAGCUGAUUCGUGAAGGCCAGAUUACGGACCAUGAUUUGCGCUAUAGAGGUAUCGUCUCUCUGAACAGGAACGGAUCCAUCCAUGAGGUCGUCAUCACAAGGCUCACACCGCGGCACGAUGGGCUGUAUGAAGUCAGAGAUGGGAAUGGUAACCUGGUGUCCUCCACCUACCUGCAUAUGAUUGAAAAAAGGGGGGGCUCUUGGCGAGCACUCUUUAAAUCCAUCACAGUCCCCUCUGGCAUGUUUGUGUCGCUGGCUGGUUUCAUCUUGUUCAUGAAGCGCUACCCAACUUGCAGCCUCUCACAGAUCAUCAACGGCAUCAGAACAAACCGCACGCCAUCGCCCAGCCCUCCAAGUGUUAACAUCCAGGACUACAGUCAGCCUCAUCCGCCCCCCCCAGCCUAUUACAGUCACACCGAGCAUCCUGGAACACCAAGAAAAUGGACUCCAAGAGCCAGUCCUGCUCACACUGGUUACACUCCUGUUAUGAUUGGGCCUCCUAGAGCUGGGAAUCAGGAAGUACAAAGACUGACAACUGAGAGCGCCUCUAAUCAUAACGUAACCACUGAGGAUGACAAUUCCAAAGAGGAAGAGGACAGAAUUUUCUUUCCUGUACCUGGAGCGUCAGACUGUCUCCACUCCACUGAGGACUGUGUUCAGUUCCAGAUUAAGAAAGAUGGAGAUAAGGAAAAGUGGAGCAAAUCAAAAGAGUUCUUUUCCACACUGCCACUAAAUGUGGACACUUCUGAAUCCUGCAGUGUUUACACAUCAAAGAAGCUGGACUUUUUAUAAAACAGGAGUUAUAAUAAGAGAAGUGUGGGUCAUGGAGAACAAAACAAUAAAGGAUUUGGAGGUGACAUUAUGGAAGAAAACAACCUCACCUGUGCAAUUUGCACAAUUUUAAUAUUUUGGUUGUAAUGAUUUGAUUUUUUUAAGCAUGAAUUGAGUAUUAACCUUGCUGUAUCACAUCGCACUGGGUGAUAGUGCGCCUGAAAUCUCCCUCUAUUACCUACCUCCAGACCCUCAGGACCAAUAUGAUCUGAACUGUAUAUGCUGAGUGUCUCAGUGUUUGUUGGUGUUAUAUGAUCUCUAGGGCUGCAUAGACAUUAGAGUAGUUACACUAAUGUUUGCAAAAGAGAUUUUUAACUACUUUGCAUCAGUGUAAUAGUUAAUUUAAGAGCUCACCCAUCAUCUUGGCCUUUCUUAACCACAGAAACAGUUGCUUACCAGUUUAACAGUAUAUCUUUUUUUCAGAUAUAAUACAUUGCCCUUGGAGAUAAUUAUAUAAUAAGUAUGUGAUGUGUAGCAUAUUUCUCCAAAUAUUGCGACAACCUGUAAAUAUUUAAUGCUUAUAUAAAGAAUAUUCACACAUUAUCGUCAAAUAUUUAAAUAUUCCUGUUUCAAACAAUAAAAUUAAUAUUUAACACA